GGACUGACCCGUGCGGAAGUGCCUCAUGCUCGGGCAGAGUUCCUCCUCACGUCCCUCCUCUUCCCCGCGGCUCUAGACUCUGCUCCGGCCGCUGUGGGACGGAUGAGAGCGGGCACAGAGGCACGGACCGACCCGCUCCACUUUCCACGGUCCUCUUCCCUCCGCACGCACCGAAGCAGCACCGGGACCAUGUGAGAUGCUCUGCGGGAAAUCAGCGUCCGAGGCCGGCCACAGCAUGUCGGUCCGCCGCUCGCGGGGUCGGGCCACAGUGACUCACGCCGUCAUCGUCAUCUUCCUGGAGUUCUUCGCCUGGGGCCUCCUGACCACACCCAUGCUCACGGUUCUCAAUGAGACAUUCCUGCAGCACACGUUUCUCAUGAAUGGACUGGUCCAGGGUGUCAAGGGUUUCCUGUCAUUCCUCUCCGCUCCUCUGAUCGGCGCUCUUUCUGAUAUCUGGGGAAGGAAGUCCUUUCUCCUGAUGACAGUGUUCUUCACCUGCGCCCCCAUCCCCUUCAUGAGGCUCAACCCCUGGUGGUACUUUGCCCUAAUCUCUGUCUCUGGGAUCUUCUCUGUCACGUUCUCUGUGAUUUUCGCUUAUGUGGCUGACAUCACUGAGGAACACGAGAGGAGCACAGCCUACGGACUGGUGUCUGCAACGUUUGCUGCGUCCCUGGUCACGUCUCCAGCCAUCGGAGCGUUCCUGUCUCAGCGUUUCGACGACAGUGUGGUGGUGCUGGUUGCAACGGUGAUCUCUGUGCUUGACAUUGCUUUCGUCUUCUUCCUGGUGCCAGAGUCUCUCCCCGACAAGAUCAGGGCCACCGAGUUCUCCUGGCAGCAGGCGGACCCCUUUAACUCUCUACGUCGUGUGGGACAGGACCCCACUGUUCUGCUCAUCUGUGUCACUGUGUUCCUGUCGUAUCUUCCCGAGGCCGGACAGUACUCCAGCUUCUUCCUCUACCUCAAACAGGUGAUCCACUUCACUCCGGCCGCCAUUGCUGCCUUCAUCGCCAUGGUGGGCAUCCUCUCCAUCAUUGCCCAGACGGUGCUGCUGAGCGUCCUGAUGAGAACCUUAGGGAACAAACGUACUGUUCUUCUGGGUUUGAUGUUUCAGAUCGUGCAGUUGGUCUGGUAUGGCCUUGGCUCUCAGCCCUGGAUGAUGUGGGCGGCGGGGACCAUCGCGGCGCUCUCCUCCAUCACAUUUCCUGCAGUUUCUGCUCUGGUCUCACACUGCGCCUCAGCAGAGCAACAAGGAGUGGUACAGGGCAUGAUCACAGGUAUCCGAGGCCUGUGUAACGGUCUGGGUCCUGCUCUUUACGGAUUCAUCUUCUUCCUGUUUAAUGUCGAACUCAGCGACAUCGAACAACCGGCACAAACCCCCCCCACAGAGACCCCAUUGGUCCCUGGUCCUCCUUUCCUGAUUGGUUCGUGUGCGGUCCUCGUUGCUGUCUUUGUGGCGUUUUUUAUUCCUGAAAAUCACAAACUGUCGGAUGCCUCGAAGCCAGGCGCCACUGCACAUGCUCAGAACGGCUCAGCUUUGGCCCCGCCCCUCAGCGAUCCGGAGGACAUUGAACCCCUCCUCCAGGACACUGUCAUGUGACCAAGUACACGCCCACAUGGAGAUUUUAAACUUUAAGCCGAUAUUUAUUUUGAAGAAGUUUCUGGAUAAUAACAGUGACACUAAAAGUCAAUCUCAGAAUCUCCAAUGCUUGUUUCAUAUUUAUUCUCCAAACUAGACUUUUCAGAGCUUUUAACCAUGUUACAGUUGUAUUCUCACCAUUUACUCACCAAAAGUUGUAUUUGGAGUGAUUCACGUUUGAAUAAUCUUUAAUCUCUUAUUUUCACCUUCACCAGUAGACACCACUGUGACAUACGCACUUCUUUUUCCAGUUUUAUUUUCUCAAUUGGUGAUACUCGUAGGAUUCAAUAGCGUCACACAUUCAGUUUAGUACAAAUGAAAACGUUUUUUAUAUUAUUAUUUUUAAGAGGUAUCUAGAGUUGACAUGACUCGUGAUGUUUUUCUGGUUAUAUUUUUGGUGUGUCCCCUCCGCCGCUUUGAACUUCAUAAUCUGGUCAUCUUCUCGUCUGAGUCACAUCUGGAGCUGUGUUUCAUGUUUCAUUUGUCUCCGUCUCACUGGCCUUGAAGGACACACGUGAUGCAUAUAUGUUGUUAUUGGCCUUUAAACCAGCGCCAGUCCCUUUUCUUUGGCAUGUCAUGUUUUAGAACUUAAAAUAAUACAAUGGACUCAUGUCUGCUGACAAUGGAAGAAAUUGCUGUAUUUUCCAGACUAAAAAUCGCUCAGGAGUAUAAGUCGCAUUUGCCAAAAAAUGCAUACUAAUGAAGAAAAAAACGUAGCGCACUGGACUAUAAGUUGCAUUUUUUGGGGAAAUUUAUUUUACAAAAUCUGAGACCAAGAACAGACAUUUUAUCUUUACAGCCAAGUUUUAAUAAUAAAAAAGAACAACAGGCUGAAUGGCAGUACAGCACACUAACAUAACGCAUUUAUAUUUAUUCAGCUACAUGAAGCAUAGACCACGAACUGAAUACACAUUUUAACGUAAGAUAUUAACAGUUAAUCAGAUAACUAAAGCAUAAAAAACAAGUUUACUCUUGAUCUCACUCCAAAUCACUAAAUCCAUUGAAUUCUUCAUUCUCGGUGUCACUUCUGAAAAACUCCGCUUCCUCUUCUGCAUAGCUGUUAUCAGACACAGCAGAAUAAGAUUUUCUUUUAGGAGGCAUUUUUGUUCAGUCUUUCUCAGAUGCCUUAAAUUACUAUGUUGAAAUUUUAAAUUUCUGAUGGUACAGGAGUAGUAGAUACUGGUACACAAGCCUAGAGUGCCCUCGUGUGGUUGAAGAUGUGAAAUUCAAUAUUUUAAUAAUUUCGCAUAUAAGCCAAAUCUGAGUCACACCCCUGGCCUAACUAUGAAAAAAGUACAACUUAUAGUCUGAAAAAUACGAUUCUGGUGAUAGUUUAUGAAGAACUUCAGGUUUUUACCUGUGACGUAACAAUCGGGGUAAAAUUGAAAUGUAGUGUUUUCUGAGGCCUCACGGUGACAUAAACAGGAUUGAUGAAACCAGUGAAAAAUGCAACUCCAGGUCUUUCUGAUAAGGGGACAACAUUGUAACAGGGUUAAAAGCUCAAACAAGUUUAGGUCCAAUAUAACUGUUCUGAUGCAGGAUCCGCCCCCUGCUUGUUUCCAUGGAGACAUUAUUCUGAAAUGUCACCAAAGGGCAUUAAAUGUAUAUAUCCCAGUAGGGCUGCACGAUAGAUUAAAAAUUGAUUUUAUCUUUUGGGUAUGUCAGAGCUGGACAACUCGUGUUUCAAAUACAAGCUCUUUUUGUUUCCUUAUCAGAUCCAGAUGUAAGAAACUGGUCUGCUUUAGUUACACUUGUUUAGAUGUGAUCUCAUUUUAAUGAUCAAUUGGUUAAAAGUAAGAUGGAUCCCUGUAAUGCCAUACUGUGGGCAAAGCCCUGGUCUCCAUGGAGACGAGCAAGUGACAGCAGGUUGUACAAUGCCAAAUAUCAAGUUUAAGGUGUCAAAACAGAAAACCGGACUGAAGCAAAAACUCAGUUUGUCUCACAGAAAAACCCUUUAUUUAAUCGUGUUUUAGACCUGUUCAGGAUACUACAAAACUCAAACUUGACUUUCAGAUAGUGCCAUGUUUACUUUCACUGUAAAAACACAUUCCUACUUCCUGUUUCCUAUAAACGCUGUGCUCUGAUUGGCUGACACAGCUCUUCAAAGACUGUUGCGUUUUUAUGUUUUUAUUUUCACGUUUUCCUUUUGUUGUUGAGGCUUUAAACUGACACAUAACCAACACAAAUGUUUUUAACUAAAGUUACUGAAGUUUCAUCUUUUUUUUUUUUAGGUUCGACGCUGUGUUUGAGGCUCAACCGAAGCUGCUCAAAUUACACUCAAAAUAUUUUCAAUUAUUUUUUUGUUGUAAUAUCUAGUUCAUUCUAAUACAAAACAUGACCCAGGGAUGCACCAAAACGACACUGGUUUUGGAUAUAAUUUCAAACAGUUUGCCAUGGUCCAAACUUAUUCCUUACUUACCUUAAGCAUUCAGAGCAUCCUCAUUAUUCACCAGGAGUUUAAGCAGUUUUCACAACUUUUCAGAACCAGAAUGGAGUUUCACAGCAACAACUAGCAUGCUGAUGUGCGCUUCCUGGUUAUCAGACAGUAAAACACUUAAUGAUUAGAUGCAGACAGCACAGGGUGGACUUAGUUUGAACUUCAACCUCAAGAGCUGCUUAUACACCUAUACUACACUAUAGAUCUGAACUGGACACAUUUUGCUCAAAAACAUGGAAUGAAAAUCAUGUACAAGGCCUUUAAUUUUAAUUUGAACCACAUAAAUGCAUCUCAUUUAAAACCCUGUUUUUAUUUUCAAAGCCAUUUCUGUUGAGUCUCUUCAAACUCUGAGCAGUGAAAUAUUAAACUUGUAUUUUCGCUCUGGACGCUGCACUUUAUCUGAGCUGUGGCUCCAUCCCGUUUCAUUCAGACGCUCAGAAAACGUCUGUUUAGAUUUAAAUAAAUAUAAUUAAAUAAAAGUGUCUAUAGUGAAACG